UGUCGUGAACGAACCAGGGUUCUAUGACUCUGGCACUAGAUAUAUCUGCAGACCUGUAUCAAUACUGGCAACGCUGUUAUUUUCGCGCCAAAAGUUCUCCCUAAACAUAUCUGUGGAACUGAACAUAAGAACAAGGGAAGGAAACCUUUGAGACUGCGUGUGUGUAUUACAUCGUCACAACUCCUAGAGUCCUAGACGAUUUUAAAAACCAACGGUUAAUUGUAAGGAAAAUAAUAAAGCGUGGUGUUACCUACAAUUUGAAGUGGCUAUGGAUACUCCAAGCCCAGAAUUUAGAAGAACCCAUUUGAGAUGGCUAACAACACCCAAAAGUGGGGCAUGCAGGAAGAUUAUGAAUUCACCUGCCUUCUUGGUUAACAAAACGACCGAUUUCAGUGAACUGUCUAUGUCACCGCUUCAACUAUUAGAUUCACCCGUUCAAGCCGUCCUAAUGACACCUACUACAUCUUCUGGAGAGUCUUCAAGUAGCAAGUCACACCGUUAUCUUAAACAGACAUCCACACCAUCACAGGAAAUGAUUCCUGAUACUCCUGGUAACAAAAAUAAGGCUUUUUUUAUUACCACCAAUGCCUCUGUAGGUAUCAAAGCCAAGAGACGCCUUAUUGAAGAAGAGUGCCACCACACCUUACAUUUGCCAACCAAGAAUGAGAACAUGGUAAAGGAAACUACCGUUCAAGUCAGUGCAGCAAAAAGACAAAAAACAUCACCUAAAGUAUCAGUUCCAACAAUGCUGAAAUUGUCAAGAAGCAAAAAAAGAAUUGCUGGGCAGAUAAAUUCUGGAGUUUCCCAUAGAAUCCGUUGGACAGAAAAAAAAGUGAAACCAAGUAUGUCAUUGUCAUUAAGUGAGUUAAAAAAAACCAAAGCUGAAGGAGUCAUAAAGAACCCUUUCGAUCCUUUGAACAGAACCGUACCAACUAGUCUAGAAAUGUGUGUUUCCAUCUCUGAUCAUGAUACUCUUAAUACUGAAAGUAUUCAGGGGAUCAACGUGUCUGUUCCAAUUAGACCACUAUUGCCAGUUCAGACACUUAAAUCCCCAGGUCCAAAAGCGUUGGGUAAAGAGAACAAGAAUCAUACCAUAUCUCCAAAAAUUAUUACGCGUAAUUGGAAUGUUCGUUAUCGAAAAGAUACACGCGAAAGGAAAUUUUUCAAGUCACGGGGUACUGAACAAGAAGCGUCAAACCGUGUCGUCACCGUUUCCGUCAACGAAAAUCUAAAAUUACAAGUUCACGAAAAGCCAGUCGCUUUCAUUCGUAGGUCUCCUCGAAAAUCCCCUUGCAAGCAAGUAGUUAGAGAAGCACCUACUACUAGUGAAGAUCAAAACAUUUUAAACCAGGAUUGGGACGAUGACAUUGCGGAAUCGAUGGAUAUUUCGUGUAAUAUCCAAGAAAUUUUGAAUGGAUUGAGUGAAGACGAGUCUACUGAGAAGGACGCGCCAAUUCAGGAAGUGAAAGGAAAAGAACACGUAGCAACAAGCAAACUGUUCCCGCUCUUUUGCAACAAUUCAAGUAAACCGUCUGAGCCAAUUACGGAAAAUCGUGCGGUGCGAAAAAUGAAUGUAAAAGCGCAGUGGGUGCGUGCACUAAAGGAUGGAGGAAAUCAGAGGAUACUUGACGCCGGACAGAAGAAAUUCGGCGCCGUACAAUGUCCCGAAUGUAUGGUGGUGUACCAUGUAAAAGAUCCGGAGGACGAGUUAAUUCAUGUGGGAUUACACCAAGUUGUCAACGACACGCUCAAAUUCGCCGGCUGGAAAAAAGAAAGGGUGUUGCGUCGCUUCAACGCUGAAGGAUACAUUAUAGCGGUCCACCAUGGUGAUGCAGUUCAUUGCUGGAAGAAAAUAGAAAAUGUUUUAACUAAGGUGGUUGAUAACGAGCUUGGAUUUUCUGAAAUAGGAAUUCGUAACCCUGAAACUACGAAAGUCUAUCUGUACAUUGCGGAUAAAAAAAUAGUUGGGGUUCUUGUCGCCCAUGGUGUAACCCAGGGAUGUCGUAUGAUACCAUCAACUGGAGCUUCGUCUGGGAAGUGCUGCUCUGCUGAUCCUUCCCCAGCCCUUUGUGGUAUUAGUCGCAUUUGGGUUCUUCCGACAUUCCGUCGUCGCAAAACUGCAUCUCGUUUACUGGAUGCCAUGAGGACAGAAUUCGUUUAUGGCAAAAUUAUAUCAACCGACGAGUUGGCUUUCUCAGAUCCAACUGAAAAUGGAUUGGCAUUUGCCCAGAGCUACACGAAGCGUGAAGAUUUCCUUGUCUACAAUAUGUAGUGUCUUAUUAGGGGUUUAAGAUUUCAGCCAUCUUUUCACUUGAACUAUUCGUUUUUACUUUUGUCGUAUUUAGCUCAUGCUAUUCUAGCGUUUUAAACAUAGAAUCCUGUUUUCGCCUGUAGCGCCUGUACUACUUGCGUAAUAUGACAUAGUAUCAUUCUAGAAAUGUGUAUCUCGUAUUAUCUAAAUAAAUCCAACUGCGAAAAAUUUA